AUGCAUCCACAUUACAGUUUGCCACAUCAUUGUGUAAUCAAGGCAAAUAGUACUACAACAAAGCUUCGAGUGGUGUUUGAUGCAUCUGCAAGAACAUCAACCGGAGUCUCACUCAAUGAUAUCAUGCAUAAUGGUCCAGUCGUGCAGAACGAACUCUCAUCCAUUUUACUGCGUUUCAGGAAACCACGCUUCGUUUUUACAACAGAUAUUGAAAAGAUGUAUCGGCAGAUACUAAUUGAUCCAAGAGAUGAAUAUCUUCAAAUCAUUAUCUGGCGAGAGUCACCAGAAGAAAACUUGUGCUAUUACAAAUUAAAAACGGUAACGUAUGGCACAAGAGCAGCGCCGUAUCUGGCAACUAAGUGCCUACAAACCCUGGCCAGAGAGCAUGCCGUUAAAUUUCCGCUUGGUUCCGCUACACUCAGCAAGGAUUUUUAUGUCGAUGACGGUUUAAGUGGCUCAGACAGUCUCAUGGAGGCAAUUGCAACAAAGGAUCAACUUAUUAAAAUAUUGGCGACAGCUGGUUUCAAACCUCGCAAGUGGUGCGCAAAUAAUUCCCAAUUACUUCAAGGACUCGCUCCAGAAGAUCAAGAAGUGGAUCUCGAUGUCAGCAGUGAGUCACAUAAGACAGUAAAAACUUUAGGCCUUAUCUGGCUACCAAAAUCUGAUCAAUUUUCAAUAAAAACUAAUGGACCUACACACAGCAAAAUAACAAAGAGGACCGUAAGUUCUGAUUUGGCGCACAUUUUUGAUCCACUUGGAUUAAUGGCUCCCGUAGUAGUGAAGGCGAAAGUAUUUGUUCAAAAAUUGUGGCAGUUAAAACUUUCGUGGGAUGAAGCUCUGCCUGCUGAAAUGCAUACUCAAUGGACCCAUUUUCGUCAGAGCUUAUGUGAAAUAAACAAUGUGAAGAUUCCACGACAUAUAUUUCAUCAUAAACAACCAAGGAAUACUCAGAUUCAUGUAUUUACUGAUGCCUCCGAAAGGGCCUAUGGAGCUGCCAUUUACAUCAGAGCCGAAAUAACUGAUCGAACUAUCUCAGUUCAGUUACUUUGUUCAAAAUCACGCGUCGCUCCACUAAAAACGCAGACAAUACCAAGACUUGUGUUAUGUGCGGCUUUACUAGAAGCACAAUUGGUAGUAAAGGUAAAAAAGGAUUUGGAAUAUGAACAUCAUCCGAUAUAUAUGUGGACUGAUUCUGAAAUAACAUUGCAUUGGAUCAAUUCAGAACCAUCAACAUUCCAAACUUUCGUUGCUCAUCGUAUCAGUAAGAUUCAGCAAUUACCACUAAAGGAACAGUGGAGGCAUGUCAAUACUAAACAAAAUCCAGCUGAUUUAUUAUCCAGAGGUGUAGAUCCAAUUUACAUUCAGAAGAAUGCAAUGUGGUUUUAUGGGCCACUUUUCCUUCAUGGAAAUCAAGAAUGCUGGCCCCAACCAUUCCGUCAGGAAUUGAUAACAUCCGACCAUAUACAAGCGGAAGUCAAAAGGAAGGUACAUGUGCUUACAAUUUCACAUGAUGAUGAACUAAUCAAAAUGAUUUAUACGAUAAGGUAUGGAAACUCAUUCAUAAGGUUGCAACGAAUUCUUGGCUAUGUGUUGAGAUUCAUCAAAGGGUUACGUAAUAAGAGCAAGCACAACGACAUCAAUUUGACACCAUUAGAACUGGAGGAGUCAUUACUCAUAAUUAUAAAAGCCAUACAGCUAAGUGAUUUCAAUGAAGAACGACAUCAACUCUUAAAGAAAAGGGAUCUGAAAGGAAGCAGUAGUCUCCACGGACUUUCUCCAUUUAUCGACGAUAGUGGCGUCAUCAGGGUUGGAGGUCGAUUGACGUCGUCACAUCUUACCUACGAUGCCAAACACCCCAUGCUGCUGCCAUAUAACCAUCCAAUAGCUAAGCUCAUAAUGAAACAUUUACAUGAGAAGGGACUUCACUGCGGACCGUAA